UGCGCGUGCGGUCGGUCGGUCGUUUCAGCUUUUCAAUGGUCUGACGUGAUGAAAAUGUUUAAUUAAAACCACGACCCGCUCUCCUAAUUAUGUGACAGUCAGUUGCUUCCAGUGUACACCGCGUCAGGACCAUUUUGGAAAAUUUCAUCAUAUUCAAGCCUCACAGAGCACUCUAGGAAGCCCAGCUGCUUAAGAGGCUCAGGGUUUGUGCAUCCCGCUACCUGCACAGUGCAUGACCGACCCCUCCAUAGAUUCAAAUGGCUAGCUAUCUGAAGGACGAGCUCUUGUGUUCUAUUUGUUUGAGCAUUUAUCAAGACCCAGUGAGUUUCGGUUGCGAGCACUACUUCUGCCGUAAGUGCAUCACUGAGCACUGGAGCAGGCAGGAGCAUCACGGGACACGAGACUGCCCAGAGUGCAGGAGGACCUUCACGGAUCCCCUUCUAUCACCGAGCCUCAAGCUCUCCAACAUCGUGGAGAGGUACACCGCUUUCCCCCUGGAUGCCAUCCUCAACGCUCAGAGGAACUCGUAUCCGUGCAAAGACCAUGAAAAGGUCAAGCUCUUCUGCUUAAGUGACAAGAGCCUGGUGUGCUUCUUCUGUGAUGAACCUGCAUUACACGAACAGCAUCAAGUCACCACGGUUGAUGAGGCCUAUGAGGAGAUACAGAGGGAGAUGAAGGAGCAGCUGGCGACUCUACAGGACAGUGAGAAGGGUCAUACGGAGGCUUUACAGCUACUGCAGAGGCAACUCACUGAAACCAAGUCAUCUGCAAAGAGUCUUCGUGCCACAAUCGGCGAGGCAUUUGAGCGGCUGCAGCGUUUCCUUCGGGAGCGGCAGAAGAGCAUGCUGGAGGAACUGGAGGCGGAUACGGCGCGUACUCUCUCUGAUAUCGAACACAAGAUCCAGCGCUACAGCCAGCAGCUCCGCGAUGUCAAAGAGGGCAUCCAGAUCCUGCAGGAGCGACUCGGUGAAACCAGCCAUCACGAAUUCCUGGAGGGAAUCGCUCUGACGUCUGACAGGGAGCAAGUGAUUCGUGGAGGGUAUUGCUGGUGGAAGCUACCAAGAAUAAAGGGAAAGAUCCACGAAACCAACCUCACCUAUGAAGACUUUCCCACAUCCAAGUACAUGGGGCCCUUACAGUAUACAAUCUGGAAGUCUCUUUUCUUGGAUAUUUCACCAGUGCCUGCUGCAUUAACCAUGGACCCCAGCACUGCUCACCAGCGACUCAUCUUAUCAGACGACUGCACCAUUGUGGCGUACGGGAACCUGCACCCGCAGCCCUUGCAGGAUUCACCCCGCCGCUUCGACGUGGAGGUGUCCGUUCUGGGCGCUGAAGGCUUCUCCGGAGGCGUCCACUACUGGGAGGUAAUGGUGUCCGAAAAAACCCAGUGGAUGAUCGGUGUGGCCAACGAAACGGUCAACCGCAAGGGCAGCAUUCAGAUCCAGCCCGGCCGAGGCUUUUACUGCAUCGUGAUGCAUGACGGUAAUCAGUACAGCGCCUGCACCGAGCCCUGGACGCGCCUCAACGUCAAGAGCAAACUGGAAAAAGUGGGCGUCUACUUAGACUAUCCUAAAGGUUUGCUGGUUUUCUACAACGCUGACGACAUGUCCUGGCUAUACACGUACAGAGAGAAGUUUCCAGCCAAACUCUUUCCAUACUUCAGCCCCGGGCAAAGUCACGCCAAUGGCAAAAACGUGCAGCCCUUGCGAAUAAACACAGUGCGUUUAUAAAAGCCAAUUCAGCAGAGGUUUUAAGGAAGAAAUCUGAAGAAAAAAACCUAGUGUGUAUGAUGAAGUUUCUUUCUUUCAGGCAUGGACAUGAAGCCAUCUGACUGAUGGGUUGUGACGUAAAGCUCCGCCGGUUGCUAAAUAAAUUGGAGAGCUUUGCACUUUUCUGAGAGGUUGCCUGUGGGCGUUUUUGUACAUUUUAUUGUUGCUGGUCAUUUGUAAUCUUGCAGUGGCCGGUCUGCUCGCUCAAGAUUUCCCAGCUGCUUGUACACAAUGUCCCAUCAGCCCCUGCAGGGUCCAAACGCUCUUUCAAGGCUGCGUUCUGGGAGAGGAAGAAAAAAAGAGCUUAUCUGUUGUGCAGAAAUAAGAAAUGUUGCCCGUUUCGUUUCGUGCAAUUGGCUUUGGUGUGUUUGUGGAGUGUUGUACUCGACACUGAAAUACUGCAGUACCAACUUCUUGCUUUGUUUAUUAUUUCUUCCUGCCUGCAUGAACGGUGAGUGGAAUAUUGUGUUGCUCAGGUCGUGCUUCUUCACGAUGGUGACGGUUGUGUGUUUCUGUGUGUGUGUGAAUGAGAUUCAAGACUGAGUGGCUUGAAUUCCUGCUAACGCAUUUGCUGCUAUUAUGAAAAAGGGGGUGAGAAGUUUGCGCGUUUGUACAUAUCGCAGGUGAUAGCUUUGGCUUUGCUAUAUUGGUAAAAGAAAAAAGUGCGUCCCCUGUGCACUCUUUUCCCUUUAGCUUGGUGUUGCCUUUUAUUUAUUCAUCCUGUGCUUACUUUCUAGAACAUUCCAGUGUUUGGUGGCUCGGGACGUCUCAUUAGGGUGGCCAAAGAUGACGAUGUCAGCUUUAAAAAGGAGAGUUGACCCAAAAGUGUUCAUUUACUCACCCUCAGGCCAUCUCAGAUGAUGAAGGUGACUGUUCUUCUUCAGGCACAACAUUAAAGGGAUAGUUCACCCAAAACUGAACGUUCUUCCAAACCCCUUUCUUCUGUUGAACACAAAAGAAGAUGUUUUGAAGAAUGUCAGAAACCUGUAACCAUUGGCUUCCUUUGUAUUUGUUUGUUUUUUUCUACUGUGGAUGUCAGUGAUGUUCAGUGUUCAACAGAAGAAAGACACUUGUAAAUGUUUGGGAACACUAGCAGAUUUUUGCAUGAACGAUCCCUUUAAGUAAGAUUUAACUAAUAUUGUGUCUUUUAGUGAUUCAUAAAAUGCUAAUCGAAGGCUACCAGCAUUUUGAAAGUAAAAAAAAAUCCUAUAUAGGUCAAACCAAAUGAAUACUUAUAUCUCCUGACCAUACAUUGAGGUCAUUAUGUAAUGUAGUACGGUGUAUAAUGUUGUUUGCACAGAUUGGCUGUUUUGCUUCAUAAUGGAUCAGUGUAUCAUCAGGAGCCACAUGUACUCAUUUUGUGUUGUUUCUAUAUGUUCUUUAAAAGGGAAAGUUCACUAUUUACUCACAACCAAAUAGAUCAAAACUUUACUAUGGGAAAAAACAGCCAUUGACUCCCAUAGUAGGAACAAAAAUACUGUGGAAGUCAAUGGCUGUUCCACAGAAGAGAGAACCUCAAACAGGUUUUUCUCUAGGGGUAAAUGAUGAUAGAUUUCAUUUAUUUUUCAUUUUUCAUGAAUGUUUCGAUGAUCUGUUUAACUCUUAUGCACUGUUGGGUAUGUUUUCAUCCACUCUGGAGUGAUUUGUUUUAAUUUGGCCAUAACUUACUCCAUGUUUCAGCAAAUUUAAUGAUUUUUGGUGACAAAUCUUAUAUUGACACAUGUUUUGAGAAAAUGAUUUGAAAUGUUUAAACUCAAUGAUACACUCUGAGCAUAUUUACGACCCUUUUCUUAUGUUCGGGAUGAAAACAUCCACUAAAUUAAACUGAAAAUGCAUCAUAUAUUCAUUUAUUUAUAUUUAAUUAUUUUUUUGCGAAAAUCUAAUUAUGCGAAAAUAUGCAAAAAAAGAUUAUUUACAUAAAUCUGAUCAAAACUACUCAAUUGCUUGGAAAAUUACAGGAUUUUAACUCUUUAAUUGGCAAAUUCUUAAAGGAUGUCACUGAUUUGGUGAAAAAACACACACAAAAUGACGUAUUAUAUAUAAAAAAUAAUUGUGGACUGAACUCUUUAUCAAAGUCUUGGACGUGUGUAACUACAUUGUCUUUAAUGCAUAGUUUUGGAUUGAUUUUCAUUUUUUCCUCUCUAAUUUAUUGUUGGCUGUGUUUUUGCCCCAUUGACUUCCAUUAUAACCACAUUUUGUUGAUUACAAAACCAUGACACCAUAUAAUCAUGCAAUAUAGGUCAAAUUUGUCAUUUUUACUGUUCAUCAUCAGUUGACAUCAAUAAUCCUUUAAAUAGGCCUCUGCAAAAAACAAUCUAGUUUCUGGAUUUUACAUGGAGUAUGACAGCAAAUUAAAGUGUCUGUGUGUCUGUCAGUGUGUGAGAGUGACUUUUGCACACUUACCCUGUCUGAGAAAAUCAAAAUGUGCAUCACAGCUUACAGAACUACAUGGAGUAAACAAAAACAAAGACUGUGUAUUUAUGCACCAUCAAAUGUGGUUAUAAUGGAUGUCAAUGGGGCAAAAACAGCCAUCAGCAGUAAAUUAGGGAGAAACAAAUGAAAAUCUAACAGUGCAUAAAGCCAGUGUUGUUACUAAUCAUUCACAUGUCCAAGACUGUCAUAAAAGGAAAAAAUCCAGUCCACAAUUACUUUUUAUAUUAAAAAUAUGUCCUUUUGUGUGUGUUUUUCACCAAAUCAGUGACUUCAUUUGUGAAUUUGGCGAUGUAAAUUAGUUAAGAUCCUCUAAUUUUCUAAACAAUUUAGUAGUUUUGAUCAGGACUGAGUUUGAUUAACAGAUUUAUGCAAUAAAUAAAUAAAUAUAUGAUACAUUUUUUGUUUAAUUUAGUGGACGAUUUCAUCCCUAACAAAACAAAAAAAUUGAACAGGGCACAAAGGUAACGGUUAAGUUUGAUUAUUAAUCAUACUAUUAUUGUUGUUAAAUUCUAUUACAUUUAUUACAAAGAAAUUUGAUCUGAUGUGUUUUUACAGCAGUGUAAUUCAGUGGAUGAUUUCACCCUGAACAUAACGAAAUGGUAGUCAACUUGACCAAUGCACAAGGGUUAAAACGCCAGUAGCUGCUGACCUGCGUUUUAUGAAUCAUGAAAAAUCAGCUCUAGAAAUCUUCUUUAAUGUGCUACUGAAGAAACACUUCUCAAGGAAAAAUCAACGGCAGAUUUUCAGUUUUGGCUGAAAGAUCCUUCUUAACACUUCUGUGCUGGUUAUAGUCGAGCGAGAUGGUAAAACACAUUUCCGUUUCCAAGAAACUGCUUCCGUUGCUCUGUAGAAAGUGUUGAAAUAGAUGUAUUUUUCCAUAUAAAUCCAAAUUCAUUUCCUGUGUACAUAAGGACCCGAUCCAAAAAAAAAAGGGAGAUCAGAUUUUUACAGUGCGUAUAUAGUUUUAAAAGGAAACGCUACACAGAAUGCACUUGUAGAUUUUUCUCAGUGCUACGAGGACAUCAGAGACUUUUAAUACUAGUAACUAUUGCUCCUUUCUCCAUCAAUUCUUGCAGACUUUUGCCUGAAAUGACGGACUGCUUGGGAGUCCAUUCCUUGUUUUCUUGUGAACUUCACUCCUGUUUGGUUCUGGUGUGUCUGUGUGUUCUGUGCUUUCUGAUGUUAAAGGAUGAAUGUGUUGGACAUUGAUCACACAAGAGGCUGUCAGCUGGUUAUUAUUAUUAGUUAGGUGAUGGUGAUGGGUUAUUAAAGUAUAUAUAAAGUUUAUAUAUAUAUAUAUAUUGCUGAGGAUUGUUGUUGUUGCAGUUGAUGAUGAUGAAGAUGGUGUGUGUGUUUGAUGAAAGCUGCUUUACACCUAUCAUCAUCAUCAUCAUCAUCAUCAUCUAAACUCACUGUGGUGAGAUCUUGACCUGGAGGUUCAUGGAUAAAAAUGUUUUAAUGUUCCAUUAAAAAAUGGUGAAGCCUGAA